GAAGGCGAAGGUUUUUGUGUUGCUCGCCGGGGCUAGCGGCGGCGGCGGCGGCGGCUGCGGCGGCUGCGGCGGCGUCGGUGGAGGAGGGGUGGAGGCGCAGCGACUGCUGCACCGCGCUCGACGCUGCGGAGCGAGCCCACCCGCCCCGGGAGCUCGCCUCCCUGGUGCUCCCCCUCCCUCCCCGCCCCCCCAGUGGCGCUGCCUCCUCCAAAUGAGCGAUUCGCCCGCUGGAUCUAACCCAAGGACACCCGAAAGCAGCGGCAGCGGCAGCGGCGGCGGCGGGAAGAGGCCGGCGGUGCCGGCGGCGGUGUCCCUCUUGCCCCCGGCGGACCCCCUGCGCCAGGCGAACCGGCUCCCUAUAAGGGUCCUGAAGAUGCUGAGCGCUCACACCGGCCACCUCCUGCACCCGGAGUACCUGCAGCCGCUGUCCUCCACUCCCGUCAGCCCCAUUGAGCUGGACGCCAAGAAGAGUCCAUUGGCGCUGCUGGCCCAGACUUGCUCGCAGAUCGGCAAGCCGGACCCGCCGCCCUCGUCCAAGCUCAACUCGGUAGCGGCGGCGGCCAACGGGUUGGGACCGGAGAAGGACCCCGGCCGCUCCGCCACGGGCGCCGCCUCCGCGUCUGCGGCCCUCAAGCAGCUGGGAGACUCCCCUGCGGAGGACAAGUCCAGCUUCAAGCCCUACUCCAAGGGCUCCGGCGGCGGCGACUCCCGCAAAGACGGCGGUUCCUCCUCCGUGUCCUCCACCUCGUCCUCGUCCUCCCUGUCCCCAGGAGACAAGGCGGGCUUCAGGGUCCCCAGCGCCGCCUGCACGCCCUUCCCCCCGCAUGGAGCGCCGGUCUCUGCGUCGUCGUCGUCCUCCUCGCCUGGUGGCUCCCGGGGCGGCUCCCCGCACCACUCUGACUGCAAGAACGGCGGCGGGGGUGGCGGCGGGGAGCUGGACAAGAAAGACCAGGAGCCCAAGCCCAGCCCGGAGGCUGCGGCCGUGAGCCGCGGCAGCGGUGGGGAGCCCAGCGCACACGGGGUUGGCGCGGAGGCUGGGGCCUCCGGGCGCAAGUCCGAGCCGCCCUCGGCCCUGGUGGGGGCCGGCCACGUGGCGCCGGUGUCCCCCUACAAACCGGGCCAUUCCGUGUUCCCGCUGCCACCCUCCAGCAUCGGCUACCACGGCUCCAUCGUGGGCGCCUACGCCGGCUACCCUUCUCAGUUCGUGCCUGGCCUGGAUCCUAGCAAGUCUGGCCUGGUGGGAGGCCAGCUGUCGGGGGGCCUGGGCCUGCCACCGGGCAAGCCCCCGAGCUCCAGCCCGCUCACCGGGGCCUCCCCGCCCUCCUUCCUGCAGGGAUUAUGCCGCGACCCCUACUGCCUGGGAGGUUACCACAGCGCCUCGCACCUCGGCGGCUCCAGCUGCUCCACCUGCAGCGCGCACGACCCCGCGGGGCCCGGCCUGAAGGCUGGGGGCUACCCGCUGGUGUACCCCGGGCACCCGCUACAGCCCGCUGCGCUCUCGUCCAGCGCCGCCCAGGCCGCGCUCCCCGGCCACCCGCUCUACACCUACGGCUUCAUGCUGCAGAACGAACCGCUGCCGCACAGCUGCAACUGGGUGGCGGCCAGCGGGCCGUGUGACAAGCGCUUCGCCACCUCGGAGGAGCUGCUCAGCCACCUACGGACUCACACGGCCCUGCCGGGCGCCGAGAAACUUCUGGCCGCCUACCCCGGGGCUUCGGGCCUGGGCAGCGCCGCCGCGGCCGCCGCGGCCGCAGCCUCCUGCCAUCUGCACCUCCCCCCGCCCACCGCCCCCGGCAGCCCCGGGUCGCUGUCAUUGCGGAGUCCACACACUUUGGGGCUAAGCCGGUACCACCCCUAUGGCAAGAGCCACUUAUCCACAGCUGGGGGCCUGGCCGUGCCCUCCCUCCCCACAGCCGGACCCUACUACUCACCGUAUGCGCUGUACGGACAGAGACUAGCCUCAGCCUCCGCACUGGGAUACCAGUAACCGCAGCUCUUGCACCCACCCGCCGCUCCUCUCCUUUCCCCCUCCGCCUCCCUCCCUCCCUCCCGCCGCCUCGCCGCUGCAACCUCCACUUCUGCUUGUCCCUGCCGGGAUCCCCCGCCCAGACCCUCCCCACCGGACUGUGUAUUUAUUUACUAUAAUGUUAGCUUACAAGCUGGGAAUAUAAGUGCAUUAACGGCCCACACGAGUCAAUGGUAUGCAAAAAGUCUGUGUUCCCCAAAUAAUAAUAUUAAUCACACAAAUAACUACAUGUUCCCCGCCCCUCUUCCUUUCUUUUAUUUUUUUUUUCUUUUUCUUAGAUGUAAGGUUCUUUUUUUCCUUUUGCUUGGUUUU